AUGAAGCUCUUGAAUGCCAUUCUGGUGCUCUUCCUAAGUUUUUGCAGCGUUUCUGCCGCUGCUGUGCUGCCGAAUGCCUUUCCCGACGUCGCCAACCUGACCUCCGACCCUGUCCGACAUUACUCACCUACUCAUGGCACGUGCUGUAUCCUCCUCGGUAUUGUUGAGAAGAAGCCUCAGUCCCCGAAUGACCGCGAAUCUACCGCCUGGGUUAGUCUAUGGGAUGGCGCUACCAAGGAAUUCAAAGGCCUCACGUGGGGUGACGGCGAGCCGGUCCGCCGCAUUGUCACCGCACACUCUAUAGACGGCGAUCCAACCGGCGAAGCCCUCAAGAUUCACGGGCUGUUCUCACCUGCCGACUGCUUCAGCAUCAAAUGGAUCAACCCAACUCCUGGUCUCUCAGAGGCAUCGAAUUCAGAGGAUUCAGACAGCCCAGAAUCUAUUGGCCGCACCAUGUUCGUCAACGCGCUCACCCUUCUCGGUCUUAUCACCACCGCAUCCGCCCAUGGCUACCUCAAGUCGAUCUCUGUCAACGGCGGCGCAAACUACCUAGCCUGGCAAGUAGGUCAAGACGACUAUCUGACUCCUGAGCCUAUCCGCUACGCUCGUCGCAUCAAGGAUAACGGACCUGUUCCUGAUUUCACUACAAAAGACAUAACUUGCAAUGUUGGUGGUAACCUGCCAGCCAAGGGUGUCAUACCUGUUAUGCCAGGGGACAAAGUCAAACUUCAAUGGGACCAAUGGGGCUCUUCCCACUCAGGCCCCGUGAUGAACUACCUCGCCUCCUGUGGCACCAACUGCUCAACCUUCAGAGGUGACACCGGAACACCCUGGGUCAAAUUCGAUCAAAUGGGCUACGAUACCACUAAAUCUCCUCCGUGGGGUUCGGAUUUUUUGGCCAAGCAAGGCGCAAGUUGGACUGUGACAAUACCUGCAGGAUUGAAGGCAGGUGAGUAUUUACUUAGACACGAGAUUCUGGGACUGCAUGUUGCAGGGACGAGGAUGGGUGCGCAGUUCUACCCUGCGUGUGUUCAAAUCAGCGUAGGCGGAAGUGGGUCGAAGGCGUUGCCGGCUGGAGUUGGCCUACCAGGUUCGUAUGAUCCAGAUGACAAGGAGGGAGUGCUUGUGCAGCUUUGGCAGGUGCAGGCCGGGCAAAGGGGAUAUACACCACCUGGCGGACCUGUCAAGACUAUUUAG